AUGUUAAAUAAUAAAUCUAAAGAAACCUUAAAAAAACUGAAACUCUUACAAAAAUCUAUAUCUAAGCAUAAACUUUAAGAUAUCAAUUAAAAUUUAAUUGUAGACAUGGAUGAUUUAAUCAAAUUCUUUAAAUAAAAUAAGUCUUUAAAAUUAUACAAAUGUACACUAUCAUAUUUUAAAAUUAAUCCCAUUAAUAAUAUGCUCUAUUUAUUGUCCAAUAUAUAAAUUAAUUAAUAAUAAUACAAAUAAAAUUAAGAUCAAUUAAAAAAGAAUGUCAUUUAUGGUCUUUUAUAAUUAUUAGAAGAAAAGAGGGUAAUACCAUAAAUUUUGGGUUGUAUUGAAUUAGAAAAUGGCAAUUUUAAAUUGAAAGAUAAUUUGUAGUAUCUAUCAGAAUUAAUUACUUCAGCUACUUUGAAUGAUGAUUAUAAAUUAAAAAAUUAACAAAAUAUUGAAAUUGAUGAAUCAUAACCAAUUAAUGAUAAAUAUCUAUUAUUGUUAUCUUUGUAAUUACUUUCACCACAUGUUGAUUAAUUUAUGAAUCCUAAAUAUUUAAACUAUUAAGACUUUAAUUAAAUUUAUGAAACAUAAAAAAUCAUAGCAACUGUUUCAGAUACUGAUCAAAUAAAUAUAUAAAUUAAAUCGAUUUAUAUAAGUAUUGCACAAAAGAUAAAGACACAAAGUUAUUAUUUUUUAUCAAAUGAAAUAUUUAAUAAAUCAAAUAAUAUAGAAUUACUUAAAACAUUCAUCAUAAAGAAAUUGAUAAUCAUCUCAAUAUCGUAAAUAAAUGAAUAAAAAGUUGGUUUCCCUGAAAUCGUAAGAAAUAUUAUACUCUCAAGUUAAGAUUCAAUAUUUUGUUAAAAGGGAAGCGUUGAAUUAAGAUAUCCCUACUAUUUAAUUAAAUAAAUAUCUCAAAAGGAUGAAAUUAAGGACUAACAACUUUAAUAUUGCAUUAAGUAAAUGGAUGAAAAUUUAGAUUGGUUAAAAUUAAAGUCACUUUAUUAUAAUACUAUUUUACCCAAUUAUGAGAUUUAUGAAUCCUUAAGUGAAGAAGAUAUUAUAAUUGCUUAGUUAGAAAUAUUAAAUUAGAAUUUUGAUAAAUAUGAAAGAUAAAUUAGAAAGAAUAUUAAAAAAACAUCUGCUAAGGCAUAAAUAAUUCAAAUAGAAAAUAUUCUAAAAGAAGAUUCUAUUAUAUCUUAAAUUCCUAAUUAAUUAUUUGAAAAAUUAUCUAAAAUUGCCAAAUAUCUUAUUUCUCUUCGUAAUAUUUGUAAUGAAGAGGGUCAUUAUAAAUCAAAAUUGCCUAAAUAUGCAAGAAAAAUUUUAGAGGCACCUAAAAAAGUAGUAGAACCUGCAGAGAGUUAUAAUUGUUUGUCUGAUCUUUUGAAAUAUGAGAGAUUAAAAUUUUCCCAUUUCAUUAGGUUUUUUGGUGAAUAUCUAAUCAAAAAAAAUGUUCCAUAUCCAUAUUUUUUUGAAAUCCUUAAAUGUGGUCAAAAUUUUGUUAGAGUAGAUGUAAGAAUAACAACUAUAGAAUAAUUUGUUUAAGACCCUCAUUUUAUUAAUUUCAUGUUUGAAGAAUAUUCAAUUGAUAUUAGUGGUCUAUCAAUACGAUAAAGAGCAAAUUAAUUAGGAAAUGUACCUUAUGAUGUUUUAAUAAAGAAUCAUUAAUUUAAAGAAUGUUGGGGUGAUAUACUUAUAAAACAAGCUAAAUUAAUAUAUGAAAAUAGAAAAAUGUUAUAAUGGGAACUUGUAAAAAGAUUAAAAAAUGAAAAAGUUUUAGAAGUUUUUAAUUAGAUUGAAGAAUAAGGAAGAAAUAUUAGUUGGAAACGAUUAGAAUUAUAGAGAGAGAUUAUAAAAUUGAAAAGUUAUUUAUAGAAAUAAAAAUGA